UUGAAGCCAAGUCAAGGUUGGCAGAAAUGUUGGCACUGGCAUCAGGCCAGUGGUGGGGUCAGUGCUGUGACCUUGACUAACGUGCACUUGUCUCCCCUUGCAGAGGCCAUGCCGCUGAAACAGUACCUCCUUUUGCUGGUGGGCUGCCAAGCCUGGACUGCAGUACUGGGCUACUAUGGCUGUCCUAGUGAGUGCACCUGCUCCAGGGCCUCUCAGGUGGAGUGCACAGGGGCUCGCAUCGUGGCGGUGCCCACCCCUCUUCCCUGGAAUGCCAUGAGCCUGCAGAUCCUCAACACACACAUCACGGAACUCACUGAGUCCCCGUUCAUCAACAUCUCGGCCCUCAUUGCCCUGAGGAUUGAGAAGAAUGAGCUGUCGCACAUCAUGCCCGGGGCUUUCCGCAACCUGGGCUCGCUGCGCUACCUCAGCCUCGCCAACAACAAGCUUCAGGUUCUGCCCAUCGGCCUCUUCCAGGGCCUAGACAACCUCGAGUCUCUGCUCCUGUCCAGCAACCAGCUGGUGCAGAUUCAGCCUGCCCACUUCUCCCAGUUCAGCAACCUGAAGGAGCUGCAGCUGCAUGGGAACCACCUGGAAUACGUCCCGGAUGGCGUCUUUGACCAUUUGGUGGGGCUCACCAAGCUCAACCUGGGCAAGAACAGCCUCACCCACCUCUCACCCAGGGUCUUCCAGCACUUGGGCAACCUUCAGGUGCUCCGGCUGUAUGAGAACAGGCUCUCGGACAUCCCCAUGGGCACAUUUGACAGCCUCGGCAACCUGCAGGAGCUGGCCCUGCAACAGAACCAGAUCGCAACGCUGUCCCCUGGCCUCUUCCACAACAACCACAACCUGCAGCGGCUCUACCUGUCCAACAACCACAUCUCCCAGCUGCCCCCGGGCAUCUUCAUGCAGCUGCCCCAGCUCAACCGCCUCACGCUCUUUGGGAAUUCACUGAAGGAGCUGUCCCCAGGCAUCUUCGGGCCCAUGCACAACCUCCGGGAGCUCUGGCUGUAUGACAACCAUAUCACUUCCAUCCCCGACAAUGUCUUUAGCAACCUCCGCCUGCUGCAGGUCCUGGUUCUCAGCCGCAACCAGAUCAGCUUCAUCUCGCCGGGUGCUUUCAAUGGGCUCUCAGAGCUGCGGGAGCUGUCCCUGCAUACCAACGCGCUGCAGGACCUGGAUGGCAACGUCUUCCGCAUGCUGGCCAACCUGCAGAACAUCUCGCUCCAGAACAACCGCCUCCGCCAGCUCCCGGGCAACAUCUUUGCCAAUGUCAACGGCCUCAUGACCAUCCAGCUGCAGAACAACCAGCUGGAGAACCUGCCCAUGGGCAUCUUCGAUCACCUGGGGAAACUGUGUGAGCUGAGGCUCUAUGAUAACCCCUGGAGGUGCGACUCGGGCAUCCUGCCACUCCGCAACUGGCUCUUGCUCAACCGGCCCAGGUUGGGAACGGACACCCUCCCGGUAUGCUCUAGCCCAGCUAAUGUCCAAGGCCAAUCCAUCAUCAUUAUCAACGUCAAUACCGCUGCCCCCAGUGUCCAGGCCCCGGCCAUCCCGGAGGUACCCAGCUACGCAGAAACGCCAAGGUACCCUGACACACCCCGCUACUAUCCUGACACACCUGGCUAUUCUGAUACCACAUUCAUCUCCUCCACCACGGAUUUCACCAGCGCUAUGGAAGACUACACUGACCUGACCACCAUUGGGGCCAUUGAUGACCGUGGCACAUGGGGCAUGACCCGGGCCCAGAGCGGCCUGGCCAUUGCUGCCAUUGUGAUUGGUGUCAUUGCCUUGGCUUGCUCCCUAGCUGCCUGCAUCUGCUGUUGCUGUUGUAAGAAGAGGAGCCAGGCGGUCCUGAUGCAGAUGAAGGCUCCCAACGAGUGUUAGAGAGGCAGGCUGGAGGCAAGGCUGGGGACUAGGCAGGGCCAUGGGGCCUGGUACACUUAUCCAUCUGCCUCCACUCCUGGGUCCAUAGAGCCAUCCCCUGCCGAAAGUUGCCUCCGCCUCUUUCUGCUCUUCCUGCAGAGCAAGCAGGUGGUGUGGGACCCUUUUCCCAGCAGGCAACUCCAACUGGCCAUGGUAGCACUUACCAUCCUUGGGCUUCCCGUAAAGGGGCCCUCCCCUGAAUCCUUACCAUCUCCUUCUCCAAGGCCAGCCUGCCCUGUGCCCACACCCCUUUUGGCCUCUGUAGAUGCAGUUCUUAUGAAGCCUGCUCCCUCUUGGGGCAUGAACAGUGCUCUUCUGGGCUAGCCCCGCUCCUGAGUCUCAUACAAUGAUCUUCUUUUGUAGCCUCUCUCCUUUGUACCACAGCUUGAC